AUGACAUUGUGCAAAUAUUUCCAGCAAGGUUCCUGCAGGAAUGGGGAGGCUUGCACCUGGAGACAUGAACGGGACACCAACACCCUGAGGUAUGCCGAGCCCGUGGCUUCCUGCCUUCCGGCCAUCGGAGGACUCUGUAUCAAUCGGCAAGCCAGGUCAAAUACGAUAGUAUGCAAAUACUUUGUGCAGGGCAAGUGCACUAAGGGGAACGAGUGCGACUACCUUCAUCCUUCCACCAGACCCCCAUCGCAGCAAGCCCAGGAAGACGCGCUCUCACGGAAUGGAUCUGUCAGCCGACAGCAUACGAAUUCUUUCCAGGGACCACAGGAUUCUCGGGCAGGUAUUCCGUGCAGGUAUCUCUCACUCCCAGGAGGCUGUCAAAAAAGCCUUUGUCCAUUUCUGCACGCCGAGAAGAACUACGAAGCGGAGAGAGGCGACGCCCGCGAUGUCGAGGCAGACGAAGACGAUGAUCAAGAGCAUGAAGAUGAUUUUACGCGUAGCCUGGCGGGAGCUUCAAUUCAUUUCAAUGGCUCUGGCGAGGUGGACAAACUCACCCUCCCAGCAGACUAUUCUCGCGCGUGCGUUACAGGCAUUGCUGCCGGAACAACAAACGAACAAAUUGUCGACAUUCUUCGUGGCCUAGGCUUCGAAUUCGACGUCCAUUCCACCCAUAUCCUUCUUCACACGACUUUAUCAGAGACGAAAGCCACUGUGAAAGUCAAGGAUCCGCAUUUCGCCAAAGAACUAGCCACGAGGCUUAAAAAUCAGCAUUCAACACUCAGUGCAAUGCCCAUACCGAUUGACACCCGACAGGCAAGUUGCAGAAAAGUCUACAUCUCUUGGCACAAAGCCACGAAAAGUGUCUGGUUGAAUUUCGGCAACGGCAACAUAGCAUACAGAGUAGCAGAGAAAUUCAACAAGAGUGAAUAUAAGUGCCUAGGACAGUCAGUCAAAUCCAGCAUAGCGAAUCAAAGUAAAGGUCGGGGGCGUGGAGCUCUGGGUUACAACCCCGUAGCUUGGACUAUCACGCUGAGUGAUGUACCUGGUUGUGCAACCCAAGAAGAUGUCAAGGCAGCCAUCGCCUCCUCUCAUGAUACACCACGUCACAUUGAGAUGGGACCAGCCAGCUACUCAGUCUCCGACGCCGAGGUCAGUGUUGAAGUGCGCAAGCUUCUAGAAAAGCAUGGCCAACUCGAGAGUUUCCGUCUCGCACCUGCGUCUGGAGGGAAGCGGGUGAAAGUGUCGGCUUGGUUUGGUGAGGAAGCAGACGCAAGAUCGGCGUGCUCGCUGAACAACCAGUCACUGGAUAUCCUAGGAAAGGGGAAACUCACCGUGGCGCUAGUUCAAUCUGCCAAGGUCAAGGUUCGAACGACAAUUUACCUGGCCUGGAAGAAGAGGAUCGAUGAGGAAGCCAAGACCUGGAGACAAGAGCAUCUCACCUUCCAUGUUUAUCCAAAUGGCUCGCACAGCACAUUGAAAGUUGAGGGAAGCAGCACGAAAGAUGUGGUUCGCGCUCUCAAAAUACUGAAUGAAAUUUCGGAGGGCGUUGUCCUUACCGACGGCGGAACCUCAGUCUGGAGCUCUAUUCUCGGCAGCAAUGGAGUGGCGUACGGGAGACUCAAGGUGAUCGAGAAGGAACUCCAGGUGGUCAUCGACAGGUCCAGAUCGAAGCGUCAGCUCCGCUUUUAUGGGCCUCCAGAGAAAUACCAACAAGCCCUUCAUCUGAUCUCCACCAUGCUUGAGGAAGAGUGCAGACCAACCUACGAAAUCAAGCUUGACCCUGAUCAUUUUGCUUGGAUGAUGAAAGGCGGGUCCAAGAGCAUCGAACGGGCUUUGGGAACUGACGUCGCCGUUCUUGAUGUGGUCUCGAAGAAAAUGGCCAUUCGCGGCACACAGCAGCAAUAUGAUGCCGCACUGGCAGUCAUGGAGGGCAGGACUGAAAAUGAGAUCCGGAAGAUCUUGGACGGUCCCUUUGUACUUGAAGGGGAUUGCCCGAUUUGCUUUUGCGAAGCCGACGCUCAUAUACAGGCCUCGUGCAAGCACACAUACUGCCUGGAAUGCUUCGAAGGAGCUUGCCAGGCCGCUGCAUCGACGAGCAAAGGCGAAUUUCAAGUCAAGUGCCAAGGUGCUGAUGGGACUUGCCCGACCAUACUUUCGCUAAAGGAACUCAAAACCCAUCUUUCGUCGUCCGUCUUCGAAACCGUCCUCAAGUCGUCCUUCGAAGAAUACAUCCGACGUCGCCCCGAGACCUUUCGCUGCUGCCCGACGCCGGAUUGUGGCUACAUCUAUCGUUGUACUAUAGCCUCUGACGGGAAAUCUCCACCUUACACCUGUCGAAACUGUUUUGAACCGAUCUGCACCUCUUGUCAUGAACGACAUGGCGACUACUCUUGCGCCGAGUACAAAGACAUUAAAUCCGGCGGCUACGAGGCACUCAGGAGGCUCAAAAGCGAGCUUAACAUCAAGGACUGCCCGAAAUGUACGACACCGAUGGAGAAGACCGAAGGGUGCAAUCAUAUGACUUGCGUGGCUUGCAAGGCGGAUAUCUGCUGGGUGUGCAUGUCAGUGUUCGAGGAGAGAGAGCCUUGCUACGCCCAUAUGAGGGAGGUUCACGGCGGCAUUGGCCUUGACCAUCUCAGGCGAUUUGUAGACUAG